AUGAAGGCCAAUAUUAUAAAAGUUAUUGAUGAAAAACUUAGUCCACUGGCUGAGACUAUUCUCAAACUGACUGCCAGUAAACGGCUUGACGAAGCAGAGGCCAGGCUGAUAGCUACGGAGGAGGCAGCUGCCGCGCAUGAGCCCCGUAUUAUUGAGCUGGAAAAGCAGGUCAGUGCCUUGAAGAACAGUCUGGACAUGGCGGAAAACUACAGCAGGCGCUUAAAUAUUUGUGUCAUUGGCCUGGCAGAAGAUACUGAGAAGGGACAACCGGUGGAUUUCUUUGAGACAUGGCUGCCCAAUGUGUUAAAGCUGACCACCAAAGCCGGGCGGGUAAAGCUCGAAAGAGCCCACCGCUCCCUCGCACCCAAACCAGACCCAGACAAACGUCCCAGAUCGCUACUGCUCCGGUUCCACUCAUUCCGAGACGAGCAGAGAGUGAUGGAAGCGAGACGUAAAGAGUACGAUGCGGUGGAACAGCUGCUGUGGGAGCGUGGAUUUCCUUCUGCCAUGUUGUUCCCAGCUACUCUCCAGGUGACCCAUGGAGGCUCCGGAAGGAAAUUCACUACACCGGGGGAGGUUCACGACUUCAUAGACACGCUGUCUGGAUGA